AUGUAUGAAGCCAAAUCCUUUAAAGCUUUUCCACCCCUGUAUAAUUUUGAUGAUUACGAUGCCUGUCUCAAUAAUAAAACUUCAGGAAUUGAAUCCACCUACUGUAUGGUUUAUGCCGAAAUACGACCACAAAAUUCAUCUAAAUUAUGGAGACAAAUUUCUCAACACACAGAUGAAUAUAAAUUUCAUUUUAGACGUGAUCGUCUAUUCUUUGGAGUUUGUUUGGAACGUUGUAAAAAUUUCCCCAUGAAAUUGGAUAAUAAUUAUCAAUAUAAUGAUAGUAGAUUGACAAAUAAGAUUACACAAUUUUUCGAUGCGAUCCAUAAACGUCCGCUCGAUCUGCAAAUGCGCUCUGAAUAUCAUGACUUAGUUCAUAACUGCUUAAAUUCAGAUUUUCAAGAGAUGUAUGGCUUAGACCUAAGAAUCUACAUUGAGUAUUGUGAGAGAUCUAAGGAAACCCCUGAAAAAGAUACGGUGGAAAAAGUCUUUUACAAAUUUCUACAAGUAAUUAUAAUUCUCAAUAUUUUUUCAACUUUCUAUGACUUGCGUUUAAAAAGUAUACAACCCGACGAUCAGCAAAACGCGGAAUAUUAUAAAGUGAACCCUCAACAGCCAGAACUGUUUACAGAGUCAUUACAAUAUUCUCGUCUUCAUACUAAAUUUUCUUUUUAUAAGUUAUCGUGGUUAUUACUUGUUUUCCAUAUCAUGACAAUGAAAGUUUUUGCUGGGUCUAGGCAUAUACUAACUAUAUUAUCUAUCCUUUUGACAGCAUUCUCAAUACCUCGUAACUAUUAUCGUCUCGUUGAACCAUCUACUAGUCAAUUGAGUAUCGAUCUAAGUUAUUUAGAUGGAAUUCGAUCGAUUUGUGUAAUUUUUAUAAUUUUUGGUCAUGCAUAUUUUAUUCAAUAUUAUCCAGUUAAAAAUUCUGAAAUUUUUGAAAAUUUUGCCAAAAAUCCCACACAUAUGUGGCUUAUAAAUGGUACGCUACUCUUGGAAAUUUUUCAUAUUCUAAGCGGUAUGUUGUUGUAUCUUAAAUUUACGCAAUUUUUUAAUAUCACUCCUCAAACGAGUAUCUGGGAUUGUUUUAAGGCUUUUGGUAAAGGAGUGAAAUUACGUUAUAUUAGAUUUUUUCCAUCAUUGGCUUUAUUUCUAUUAGUAAAUGCUACUUUCUUUAUCCGUCUACAAGAUGGUCCGUUUUGGCGACAUUUAAGCGAACCGGUACGCACAUUUAGUCGUGAAAAAUGGUGGAAAAAUUUAUUUAUUAUUGAUAAUAUCUCUGAAAGUGGUCAUCCACAUACUUGGUAUAUGACAUCUGAUUGGCAAAUGUUUGCUUUUUAUGUUUGUGUUUUGACAAUUAUACGCAAAUAUCCACAGUUGAAAAAGAAAAUUCUAACUUCUUUAGCAAUUUUAACGGUUCUUAUACCUUUUAGCAUUUCUUAUUUUUACAAAACGGAACCAUGUUUUCUAAUAUCACCAGAAAGUUUCCGUUAUAUACAUGUCGGCGAUGAAGAAAAAGUCUAUCACAGAUUAUUCAUUCCAUUCUAUUCAAAUUUAGGCGGUUAUUUAUUUGGAAUAGUUUGUGGUGAAAUUUAUGAGAAAUAUUGUCACAAUGCUGAGUUCCAUAAGCAAUUAGCUCGUAUUCCCAACGAGAUAUUUGAAUUUGCCUUUUGGUCUUGUAUAGCUUUAGGUGUAUGGAUAUGUUGGCUGGGAACUGUGUUGAUAUUUCAUGAACCAUCUCUAUGGACGGCUCUAUAUGCGGGUUUAAAUCGUAAUUUAUUUGUUGUAAUUGUCUUUGGCGGAUUAGUAUUUUUGGGCAUGUUUUGUAAAUCAUUAUCAAUUUCAGAGCAUCUCUGUCAUCCAGCAUUUCGUAUACUAGCCAGAUUAUCAUUCCAACUAUAUUUAUGGCAUUUUUCCAUAUUGUACUUACUAAAUGGUCAUAUACGUGAUCCGAUGUUUGUCAAUCAUUUGCAGCAUGCGACUACUGCGAUUGCCCUAUUUUUAUUUUCCCUUUGUGUAGCAUUUCUAGUUACAAUACUUGUGGAAUAUCCCAUACAAAGAAUUGCUUAUUAUUACUACAAAAAAGGAAAAACUAUCAAAGUUCCGACAACUGAUAUAUAUCCACAGUACAAAAAAGUAGUUCUAACUUCAUUAGCAAUUUUAGCGGUUAUUAUACCCUUUAGUAUAUGUUAUUUUUACAAAAUAGAUCCAUGUUUUCUUAUAUCACCAGAAAGUUUUCGCUUUAUACAUGUCAAAGAUGAAGAAGCCUUUCACAAAUUAUACACCCCGUUCUACACGAAUUUAGGCGGUUACUUAUUUGGAAUUAUUUGUGGUGAAAUUUAUGAGAAAUAUUGUCACAAUGCAGACUUCCACAAACGAUUAGCACGUAUUCCCAGUAAGAUAUUUGAAUUUGCCUUUUGGUUAUGUAUAGCUAUAGGUGUAUGGAUCUGUUGGCUGGGAUCGGUGUUCAUAUUCUAUGAACCAUCAUUAUGGACGGCUCUGUAUGCGGGUUUAAAUCGUAAUUUAAUUGUGGUAAUUGUCUUUGGUGGAUUAGUAUUUUUAGGCAUGUUUUGUAAAACACUAUCAGUUUCGGAACUUCUUUGUCAUUCAGCAUUUCGUAUACUGGCCAGAUUAUCAUUCCAAAUAUAUUUAUGGCAUUUUUCCAUAUUACAUUUACUAAAUGGCCACAAACGUGAACCGAUAUUUGUUAAUCAUUUGCAGCAUGCUGUUAAUACGAUUGGUCUGGUGGUGUUCUCCCUCUGUGUUGCAUUUAUUGUUACAAUAGCAUUCGAAUAUCCUUUACAUAAAGUUGCUUAUUAUUGUCACAAAAGAGAGAAAACGAUCGAAGUCAUAACAUCUGAUAUCGAGACAAAAGUAAAAUCUAAAUAAUUUUUUAACUGAAAUUGGUUUUAAUUUGAU